ACAUUGGGAUAAUAAUUUCAUAAUCCUCCAUCUCUCUCUCUAUAUCUCUCACUACCCUAUCCAGUUAGUUGAGUCAGUUACAAACCAAACGCAUGGAAGCAGCAAUGUCAUUGAACGCACUCGUUCUUCCACCUCUCUCAAGUUCAUCUUCCAGAUUCUUCAACGAUUCAUCACUGAACCACUCACUCUUUUCAAUUCCAAGAUUACAAACCAGCCGAAGAACUCAACAACAACGACGACAUGUUUUGGUUGUUGAAGCUAAGGGUAAAAAAGGAAUGAUGUCUUCUGGUAAAUAUCAACGUCCACCUCCACCUCCUCCUUUACCUAAAAUUGAAGAUGAUGGUAAUCCGAAAUUCGUGGUUUUCAUUCGUAUGGAUGAGCUUUAUAUUUGGUAUCCUCUUAGUAUUGUUUCUGGUGGUACUACUGCUAAAAUUAUGGUUGCUGCUAAAGAUAAUUUUCUUGGCAAAUAUAUUUAUAAGGAUACACUUGCUAGAAAUCUUGCUGCUGUUAUCUACAGAGAUGAGAAGGAGAUACAGGAAUCUGCAAUCAAACAAUUUCGUGUGCUAAAGUCAGCUACUAAAUUCAGAUAUGGCUACAAACUUGUUGAGAAUGGUAAUGUAAGAGCUGCACUUUCUACCAGUAAUGUUAUUGAGCUUCCUACACCAGAUAAACUAAAAACCGUAGCUGAUAAAGUGAAAGACUUUUUCAAAGAUGUAAAGGGGACCUUUCGCGAUAUAACAUCGUUUGACGAUACAGAUGGGUCAAAGAAAAGAUCCAGAAGAAGAAAUUAAGGUUAAAAGAUGAAACUAUAUGAGGAAACAAUUUGCUUGAAUUGUUAUGUGCUGCUUGGAGCCACAUGAGGUUUAGAAAGCAAGCUUCAUGCUGUUUGUAGAUUGGUUAAUGUCUGCUUUCUUUGCACAACAAGUGAUACUCUUGUUUUGUUCUUUAUACCUGCACCAAACACAUAAUUUUAUGUUCUGAUGAAUGAAUACCACCUUUAUGGCGCUGGUUACUAAUUUAUGUUUUGAUUCACAUUGGUACGGAAUCACGGAUAGCUUGUGGGAUGAUCAUGUAAUGGCAUCAUUUUUACUUCAAGAGAUUUAUGGAUCUGCUGUACAAAUUACUUGUUGUAAUAUUGGCAUUCAUGCAUUUUAUUUCAAAGGAAUUCAUUUUGUUGAUCA